GACAGAUAAGAACUCUUGUUCUCUUGUUCGGGAUAGUUCCAAUCAUGGAUGUCAACACAAUGGUUUUCGUGGUGACAUGUUUAAGCGCAACCUCAGCAUUUGUUCUGGAAAACCGUCCUGUCUACCCUACACCCCAUAUAACCCCUCCCACAUGUUCGAAGAAUGGAACAAUCUACAACCAGGGAGAUGGAAUCCCGUCCGAUCCGUGCUCAACGUGCAGCUGCCAAUCUGGACGGAUUUCGUGUAUUUAUCAAGAUUGUCCUUAUCCAGAUGUAGGAAAUCAGUGUGUUGACCCUGUCUCUUUCGCUAGUGGCUGUCGACGUUGUCCCAAUGGACCAAACUGCCGAUAUGGUAACUUGACCAUUCCGUAUGGUCUGGACGUAAGAGUUGAUGAAUGGAAAAUAUGCAGAUGCUCGGGGGGAGGAGAACCAACAUGCAGGUUUUCUGGCUGUAUUUAUCAGAAGAAGUUUUAUUCGGAGGGGAUUUUCUACCCAUCCCCAUGUGAGAGGUGCCAAUGUGACUCAUAUUCCAAUAUGGUGCACUGCUCUCUCAACAAAUGUACUACCGAACCACUCCUGUGUGUAGAUGCCAUAGUAGAACCUGGCAACUGUUGUCAUGUGUGUCCGAACGGGCCGAAUUGUUUUGCGGGGAACAAGAAAAUUCCUGCAGGCCAGGACUAUAACGAUGGUAGUCAGAUCUGCCGAUGCCCUGAGCCGAACCCGAACCUACAUUUUGGAAGUUUUGGGCCCCAGGCAGUUUGUAAACUCGUUGGUCCCAUGGCCCCACCGUCUACUACAAACCCAUAGCAGAGAACGCUAUGAGGCAGCGGUUCCCAUCAAGUUUGCAAACUCGUCGGUCCAAAGGUCCAGCCAGUUACUACAAACCCCUAACUAAGAAUGCAAUAAAUUAUCUCAAAUUUC